AUGUCAUUCCAUAAUAGUCCAACAAAUAGUAAUAGUAAUGAUCAACAACAACAACAUAAUACAUCAUCAUCACCUUAUCUAAACUCUUCGAGCUCAUCAAUGGUGUCCUUGACAACUUCAUCCAACUAUGUACAUAACAACGCUCAAUCAGAACAACAUGGCACAACAACGACAGGAGGCAAUGCAUCACUAGAGUCUACACCAAACAGCGAUAUGUCAGAGUCACCAAAUGCAUCAAGACAUUCACUUAGAGACUCGGGUCAAUAUGUUGCACGCAAUAGUAGUGAUCGAAGAGACUCACCAACAACAGGUGGAAGUGGCAGCGGAAACAGAGAUCAAAGGAGUGGUCGUGGUGAUAGAGGUGAUCGAGACAAAGAUCAUCAAAGACGAAGCGAUGAUAGAGAUAGUAGACGCACCUCACUUGAUACUGGAGCGCCAACAGGAGGCGGAAGAGGCGUUGAUCGCGAGAGAGGCGAACGUGGUCGAAGCGACAAGGACAAAGACAAGGACAAGGAUAAGGAUAGGGACAGCCAUAGAAGUGAUCGUGACAAGGACUCGCUGAGGAGGGAUCGUGACCCACGUGGAGAUAGAGACAACAGAGAUCGUGAUCGACGCGAUCGUGACAGAGACAGGGAUCGCGAGAAGGACAAGGAUAGAGACAGACGAGACCGCGACAGAGACAGAGAUAGGGACCGCGAUAGGGAUCGCGACCGUGACAGAGACCGCGACAAGAAGGGCGAGCCCAACACUUCGUCACUGAGGAAUAGCAAGGAGAUUGCAAAGGAUGGUCGCUCACAUCUCAAGGACAGUGGCGAGCUGAAAAAGUCAUCCACCGUCGAUAUGGCUAGGUCGUCGCGCGAGCGUGACAGUGGCGCCAGCAGCAUAAAGGAGAAGGACAAGUACAGCAGCAAAGACAAGGACUCUGGCAAGUCGAUGCGCGACCGUCGCGACACUGACAAGGACCGCGAUAGAUACCGUGAUAGGGACCGAGAUAGAGACAGAGAUCGCGAUAGAUACCGCGACAGGGAUCGCGAUAGAGAGCGUGGUGGAAGAGACAGAGACAGAGACCGGGUCGACAGGGAUCGACACCGUGGUGGCGGGGACAGUGGCAGCUCAAGGCGUGACAGACGUUCACGAUCCCGCUCAAAGGACAGGCCGUCCAAGGACUCGGGCGGUCGUUCACAAGACUACAAAUCCAGUGGUGGCGGGGCCAAGUCCCAGUCCAAGGUGCUCUCGCCCAAUCAGGGCCUGUCAUCAAUGCGCUCAACGUCGGCCAGCAACCUGGGCGGCACUUACACGGGUCGACACGACCUGCCAAAGAAGUCGUCAAGCGGCUCGAGCAUCUCAAACGUGUCGGCAUCCUCCUCACCCAAGAAGAGGAGGGUCAGGAGCAGCAGCAGCAGUAGCAGUAGCAGUAGCGAUGAAAGCGACGACAGCGACUAUGACUCUAGCAGUUCAUACUCGAGUAGUGGCAGCGACUACACCAGCGACAUGUCGAGUGACAGUGACUCAAGCGGCAGUGACAACAGUGAUGAUGAGAGUGAGAGCGGUACGCCCGCAACCAACUCUGCUCGACGCGAUCUCAAGAAGGGCCCUGGCCAGUCAUCAGCAGCUGGACUGAGUGGCGACUCCAAGACUGCUGAUCAUCCAGCAUCUGCGACGGCUGCGACCACUGGCAAGCAUUCACCAUCGAUCUCAGCCCCCACAAGUGGCGCUCAUGCUGCCAAUGGCGACUCAAAGACUGGUCUUCAGACAGAGAAGCCACAGACCACGACAUCGACCACAUCGACGACAUCCACCGGCACGACCGCCGCGCUGUCCAGUCCCCAUCAGGAGGACCAGGAGAUGGCGCAGGCUGCCGAUGCGCAAGAGGUGGAGGAGGUGGAGGAUGAGGAGGCGCAAGAGGUGGAGGAGGAGCAAGAAGUCGAUCUGUCAGACCCCGAGAUGCGCAAGACCUUUGAGGACGAGAUGGCCUACGAGAUAUACACCGACCUCUUUGAGGAGGUACUGAUGGACCUCUACUUUGAGACGCAUCGCAGCUUCCAUCAAGGACGUCUGUGUCUGAACUGCGACAAUGGAGACAACAGCAAGAAGGGCCUGGACAUCUAUGGACAGGCGCUCAAGAACCAAACCGAUAGCUUCGAGUGUAUAAAGUGCGACGCCCUGGUCAACUCUGCCAGGUAUGCACCACACCUGGAGAAGUGCAUGGGCAUGGGUGGAAGAUCGACCAGGACGGCCAGGAAGCAGAGUGACCUAUUGUACAUACAGAACAACGACAAGAACUCAAUGUCAGAAGAGGAUUCAGAUGACGACUACGAUCCAAGAACGACAAGAACAAAGAGGAAGUCAAGAAAACCAUCACACUCGCUCGACUCGAUCAAAUCACAAACUCCAGAACAGAUACAGACAUUACUGAAUAAGAUGUGUGGAGUGGUCUCAACCAGCACUGGAAAGAUGUGUACAAAGACAUUGAGAUGUCCGCAACAUAGUGAUGAACAGAGGGAACAGGUUAGGAUUAAGCUUGGCAUAUCUGGUAGUGGCGGUAGUAGUGGUGGUGGCGGUAGUAACACCAGUAAGAAGCUAAGCAGUGGCAGUGGCAACAAUGCACAUCAUCAUCAUCACCAUCACAAGACAACCAACAACAACAACAACAAUAACGACUCAUCACUUGACUAUAUGGAUAUGUCAUCUGGUGAAUAUGUUGAUGUUGAAGUCGAUGAUAUCACAACUGAGAAGUCUGCAAAGAGGAAUAAAACGUCACUCUGA